AUGGACUCUCCGUCCGACAUUCAGCCUCAUGAUUAUCUUUUUUCCCCUUCAUCUGCCUCAACUCUUGUUGGCCUCAGGAAACUCCGAGCUUUUAUUGGCAAAAAGAAGGUCUACGGUGUCCUGUUGCACAAAGACAACCUGAUGGACAGCAUCCUGAACCCGCUCAACCUGCACAUCUUCAGUGGGGAACUGGAUUCGUUCUCGCCGAUAGGAGAUGAACAAAUAUACCGGAUUGGUUUGAUUGCAGGCAUCGUGAUUGGAUCGUUGCUUGGACUGGUACUAGUUACCCUUGGAAUCUAUGCCCUCAUCACGAAAUCAGGCAACCAGUUACACCCGAAUGUGGCCUGCUUGACUGGCGUCGUCGACCUCCCUCGAGGCACAGGAUCGGCCAGAGUUGCCAGACAGCUCGACGCCGAAACGGAGCAAUUCACUCGACUUCGGGACUCGAACCCGCGCCCUCUGGGGGCGUCGUGGACGGGCAGAUUGGAUGAACCGUUUGCUGAAAGGUGGUUUCAGUGA